AUGUCGAUAACGUCGCUUGUAUCUGAUCGUGAGUGUGUGCGCAUGUGUGAUGGCGGCGUUCGAAACGGAUCAAUAGACGGACAGAGCGGUUCCGGUUCCGACAAUCCUAAGGUUUCUGACGCUGAAAACGACAAGACGUGUCUUCGGUUGCCGGUGGCCUCGACACCGUUGGAGCCACGCAGAGUUCCGUCGGUGUGA